AUGUUACCCCGCUCUCUCCGAUUCAUGAUCUCCGUGUUCAGGUUGAAAAAUUCCUCCGCGUUGUCCUUCUCUGUUCUCCUUCAGCUCUUUAAUCGAGGGUCAACAGGUCCUAUUCAGCCAGGUUCUAUCACGCUCUUCUGCUCCAGGCUUGAAACCUGGUUGACCAUUCGGAUACAGACGUACAACUACUUCCUUCGGUUUCCAAAUGACAAGCCCGCAAUUAAAUAUUUUGUUUCCUACGUUGUGCUCCUCGAAACCGUCGGCUGCGUGACCACGACGUGGAUGAUCUAUCAACCUUUAAUCCAAUAUUUCGGCCAAGAAAUUGCGGUUACACGAAUACCGGCUGGCCUUAUCGCUGAACCAGCGAUUGUGGUUGCAAUCUCUACACCUAUUCAAAUAUUCAUAGCUAGGCGCAUCAGGAUAUUUCAAGGCUCUCCCUGGGUCGCCCUAGCCAUCUGUUUCUUUUCCAUUAUCUCUUUUGCGGGCGGAAUCUGGGUAACAAUUGCAACGCAUAACACAAGGAUAUUUCUCCCUCGUGUACCGAUUGUCUUGUACGAAUCCGGCCUCGUGUGGAUGAUUUCUGCAACAGUAGCAGAUAUCUUAAUUACUCUUUCACUUUCGUGGAGCCUGUACAAGAGGAGGACGGGGUUUGGGACGACUGAUGCCGUGAUCGUUCGAAUAGUCGUGUUCACGGUUCAAACGGGGCUCACAUUAUCUCUUUCUGCCAUUGCAACCGUCGUCACUGCCAUCGUCCUACCCAUGACUAAAAAUUCGAUAACGUUUGUCUUCAAUGUGACGCUCAUGAAGCUUUAUGGGAAUUUCAUCCUCGCAACUCUGAACAAUCGGGAAAACUGGAACAAUGGACUUAUUACGCCGGAGUCUCAGAGUAUUCUGUUUCCUGAAACAGUACCAUCCAUCACAACUAAGCCUGUUACAUUGAUUCCAAUGUCUUUCGGAGUCAAGGACUAUCCCGUAUCUCCAGUAGGACUCGAAAGUCGUGAUAUCUAG